AUGGAUACGAUUCAUAUGAAUGCAGAUGAAUUAUUAUUGUUUUUACAAACAGUUCAAAAUCAAAAAAUAUUAAUAGAUAUCAAAACUGAUAAUGAUCAAAAUAGAUUUAUAUUUAAAUAUAUCGAAAAAUCAGAACAAGUGAAAAAAUUAAUUGAUGAAUUUGAAUUAGAUAUUGAAUUCAGAGAAAAAGGUCAAUUAGGCCUUGAUGGUUUUCGAAAUAUGUUAUUAUCCAGUGAUUUUGAUAUAGUAAAGCCAUUAUGUUCUCGUCAGAUAUAUCAAAAUAUGACAAGACCAUUAUGUGAUUAUUAUAUCAAUACUUCUCAUAAUACUUACUUAUUCUACAGUCAAUUAACUGGUGAUAGCAAUCCAGAAGCUUAUAAUCGAGCUUUAUUAGCUGGUUGUCGAGCUGUUGAACUUGACUGUUAUGAUGGUCAUGAUGGUCAACCAAUAGUCACUCAUGGAUUUACACUUGUAAAACCAUGUUCAUUCGAAUCAAUUAUUCGUUAUAUGGAACCAAAUCUUUUUAAAACUUCACCAUAUCCAGUUAUUUUAAAUAUAGAAAAUCAUUGUUCAAUAGAACAGCAAAAAGAAAUGGCUCGAAUAUUACGACGAAUUCUCGGCAAUCGAUUAGUUACAGAACGAUUACCUCAUAAAGAUUCAGCAGUUUUACCAUCACCUGAAGAUUUAAAAUACAAAGUUCUUGUUCGCAGUAGAAAAAAUACAAAAGCAACAAAACAAAAUGCUACAAUACAAUUAGAAGAAGAUGAUGAUGUACUUUUGGAUGUAUUAAGUAAUAAUGCUCAAAAUGAUCCAGCUGGAUUAUUUCUUUAUUUCGAAAAUGUUCCAUAUCGUGAAUAUCAGUAUGCUAAAGAUCAUUAUUCACCAUGGCAUUCAUCAUCGUUGGUUGAAAAUCGUUUUGAAAAAAAUUCUCGUGAAGAUCCGAUUGGUUUAAUUUUACAAACAACAUGGCGUAUUAUUCGAACUUAUCCCGGUGGUUUCAGACAUGACUCUAGUAACGCUGAUCCAGUAAAUGCUUGGAACUAUGGUAUACAAAUGGCUGCUUUAAACUAUCAAAACGAAGAUGAUAUUAUGCCAUUAUGUCAUGGAAAAUUUCUUGAUAAUGGUGGUUGUGGUUAUAUACUCAAACCAAACUAUUUAAUCAAUGCACAUCAAACACAUUAUAAUCCAUUAAAUUCUCAGCUUAAUCUUGAUUUUCCUCAAAUUUUAACCCUAACAAUAAUAAGUGCACAAUUUUUAUCUCGAUCAAAUUUAAUAUCACGUGAUAUACCAGAUCCAUAUGUAUGUGUAUCAAUACAUGGUUUACCUUGUGAUCGACAAUCACGAAAAACAAAAGUUAUUGAAAAUAAUGGUUUAGAUCCCAUAUGGAAGGAAACAUUUUCUUUUCAAAUAAAAUAUCCAAAAAUGGCACUUGUAUAUUUUUCUGUUUAUGAUCAUGAUGCAUUUACAUCUGAUGAUAAACUUGCACAGUUUUGUUUACCAUUAACAAUGAUGCAAACAGGCUAUCGACAUAUUCAUUUACGAGCUAAUAAUUAUGAUCCAACUCAUUCAACUCUAUUCGUCCACGUUAAUAUUGAUAAUGAUGAUGAUAAUAUUCGUUCUACACGAUUGUAA